AUGGCUCCUUCCACCCAGCAAAUUGCCGCUGCUGCCCUGGCCGCUGCGGGCUGCACGGCAUUUGUAACCGCGCCAAGCACUACCCGCGGCCCUGCGCUGCGCAGCACCGCCCAGGGCCAGGCGAAGGCCUCUUCGGCCUCUUCCUCCAGCACCGGCCUGGCACUUUGUGGCUUGGGCGCCGCGGUCGGCGCGGCAGUCGCCGCGCCCAAGAAGGAGAGGGUAGCUCUCCGAGCCUUCGAGAGCGAGCUCGGAGUGCAGGCCCCCCUGGGCUUUUGGGAUCCUGCGGGCUUCACCUCCGAUGGCGAUGCCCAGGAGUUCUACCGCCGCCGCGUUGUAGAGAUUAAGCACGGACGCGUCUCCAUGCUCGCGUGCACCGGCUACAUCGUGCAGGAGUUCUUCCGUUUCCCUGGCUUCCUUUCUCCCAGCACUGACCUCAAGUUCGCCGACAUCCCGAACGGCCUCAAGGCGGUCACCAUCGUUCCCGCGGUCGGCUGGUUCCAGUACACCGUGUUCUGCGGUCUUUGCGACCUCUGGAUUGCCGACCAGAGGCCCUUCAACCCUCCAGGCAAGCUCCAGACCCGCCUUUUCGGCGAGGAUGCCCUGAACUACGACUACGGCGCCCUGGGCCUUCCGUCCUACCUGGGCGGCAAGCCCGUCGAGGAUGAGGAGCUGAAGAAGAAGAAGCUCAAUGCCGAGCUCGCGAACGGCCGUCUGGCAAUGAUGGCGAUCAUCGGGAUGUUCUUCCAGGAUGGUCUCACGGGCUCCGCAUGGGGUGACUGGGCGAACUACACGGAGUCCCCUCUCCGCGCGUUCGAGAACGAGCUUGGCGUCCAGGCCCCCGUCGGCUUCUGGGAUCCUGCCGGAUUCACCACCGAUGGCGACGCCCAGGAGUUCUACCGCCGCCGAGUCGUGGAGCUCAAGCACGGACGUGUCUCUAUGCUCGCGUGCACUGGCUACAUCGUGCAGGAGUUCUUCCGCUUCCCGGGGUUCCUGUCCCCCAGCACUGACCUCAAGUUCGCCGACAUCCCGAACGGCCUCAAGGCGGUCACCAUCGUUCCCGCGGUCGGCUGGUUCCAGUACACCGUCUUCUGCGGCCUCUGCGACCUCUGGAUUGCGGACCAGAGGCCCUUCAACCCUCCAGGCAAGCUCCAGACCCGUCUCUUUGGCGAGGAUGCCCUGAACUACGACUACGGCUUCCUGGGCCUCCCGUCCUACCUGGGCGGCAAGCCCGUCGAGGAUGAGGAGCUGAAGAAGAAGAAGCUCAACGCCGAGCUCGCGAACGGCCGUCUGGCAAUGAUGGCGAUCAUCGGGAUGUUCUUCCAGGAUGGUCUCACGGGCUCUGCCUGGGGUGACUGGGCCAACUACACGGAGUCCCCUCUCCGCGCCUUCGAGACGGAGCUGGGCGUUCAGCCACCCGUCGGCUUCUGGGACCCCCUCGGCUUCACCAAGGGCGGAGACGCUGCUUCCUUCCGCCGCCGCCGCUACGUGGAGAUCAAGCACGGACGCGUGGCCAUGCUGGCGUGCAUGGGGUACAUCGUCCCCGAGUAUUACCGCUGGCCGGGUGACCUCUCUCCUUCCCUGGGCCUCAAGUUCACGGAUGUUCCCACCGGCUUCGCCGCCUUCUCCAAGGUGCCUCUGAGUGGCUGGGCACAGAUGGUGUUCUUCGCUGGCAGCGUCGAGCUCUUCCAGUAUGUCGAUGAUCCCAAGCGUGCCCCUGGCGACUUCGAGAACGCAGGCAACCUUGGCAUCCCCAACGGUUUCGUCAAGGCGCCCGCGGACCAGAAGGAGAAGAAGCUCGCUGCCGAGAUCGCCAAUGGCCGGCUGGCCAUGAUGGCCAUCAUUGGCAUGUUCUUCCAGAACGGCCUCACAGGACAGGCCUGGGGCGACUGGUCGCUCUACACCGACUCGCCUCUGCGUGCCCUGACACCUGCGCAGGAGCUGAUUGCCGGCACCGGCGGCCCUCUCCCUGACAUGUUCUGGGAUCCGGCGGGGCUCAGCGCCAAGGCGACGGAGAAGGAGAUCCUCAACUACCGAGCUAUGGAGCUGAAGCACGGCAGGGUGGCGAUGCUCGCAGUGCUCCACUGGUUCCACGUCUCCGCCGGCUACCAUCUCCUGGGCGACUAUGCCUCCGGGGCGAAGAUGAGCAACAACCCCCUGGUCAACAUCACCCAGCUGCCUAUGGCAGGCAUGUGGCAGGUGGUCUUCACCAUCAUGUGCCUGGAGUGGCUCACCACCUACAUCUGCAAGCCCCCUGAGGACCGCCCUUGGGACGUGCUCGGAUGGAAGGGCAUCAUCAUCGAGGACUACCCCUCCAAGAUCUGGAACCGCUGGGAGAGCGUCCAGUGCCAGGUAAAGGCGGUAAAGGACGUGAGCUUUUGGGUGGUCAGGGCGAAGGCAAAUUAG